AUGACGGAUACUGCCACAUAUAAAUUCAACCACUCGAUGGUUAGGGUCAAGGACCCGAAAGCAAGCAUUUCAUUCUACAAGCAUCUCGGAAUGAGCUUGUUAUCAGAAUACAAGAUUCCUGAUCACAGAUUGGAGCUGUACUUUGUUGCUGGCGACUCGCGCCCGUCCAUUACGCAUGGAAAGCACCAAAGCGACCGUGAGGGCGUGUUGGAAUUAAGCUACAGUUAUGGAAUCGAAAACAUAUCUGGCGGCGAUGAAGGCCCCAAAGGUUUAAGCCCCAUCUGCUUAUCAGUGGAUAACUUCCAUGCUGCCUGCAAGGGUCUAUGUAACGCUGGCUAUAGGAUACAGAGCAACCUCGAGAACGGCACCGCCCAUGUUCUCGACCCCGAUGGGUACUGGAUCAAGAUAAUUGCUCGAAAGCCAAUGCAUACAGACGGCUCUGCUACCACGGACUGCCAAAGCUGCAAGGUUCAUCAUACCGUGAUUGCGGUCAGAGACAAAAAGGUAUCUCGGCAGUUCUACGAGCAGGUCUUCGGCAUGACUUUGAGGCACAAACAACACAACGCCACGGUCGGCUACGAUAGCCUCUUUCUCGGCUGCGGACAGCCAGAUACCAAUGAGUCAACUAUCGACGGGUCCCAAUCGGAUGACAACUGCGAGGGGCUUCUAGAGCUCGCUCACACCGAGGGCACAAAGAAGGAAGACGGCAUGAAUCACCGAAACGGCAACCUCGAGCCAAAUAAUCCUGGUCACAUUUGCAUUUCAGUCGAUGAUAUUCACGCGGCUUGCGAACGACUCGAAGGUCUCGGCGUACAAUGGCAAAAGUAUCUUAUGGAAGGGCCAUUUCGGGUCGCCUUCAUUCAUGACCCGGAUGGAAAUCUAAUUGAAAUUAUUCAGAACGAAGCGUACAAACCUGUCAAGCAUGAGGCCUGA